AUGUCGUCCAACGGGUCUCUGGUUGAGAAAAAGGGGUCGUCGCCCGACUCAAAGAACGUCCUGGGUGCCUAUCGAGGGCCGGUUGCAGGCACUGACGGUGUGGAAAUCGAGUAUGUCGAGUCUGUGCCUGGCGAUGUCUCGCUGGUCGACGACCCAAAGCCCAAGAAAAGCAAGAGGCAAAGGUUUCGACGGCACUGCGCCCGAUUCUGGUGCUGCUAUCUCUUCUGGAAUGUGAUUUUCCUGGCCAUCUUUCUGCCCAUCUUGUACGUACUCGCCUUGAGAACUGGAAGAAGAAGAAACUAA